GUCCGCAGACGAAAUCUACAUCAUUUUGUUUGCAAAUUUGCAUUUACUAAUCUCUCUAUCUAUCUCUCUCUCUCAAACUUGAAGCAAACUGAUCACAGUACGUUAAACAACCUUUGUAUUUGAAGAUAACCAUGGGAAGAACACCGUGUUGUGAUAAAAAUGGCCUGAAGAAAGGUCCAUGGACUCCGGAGGAAGAUCAGAAGUUGACUGAUUAUAUUAAAAAUCACGGCUAUGGAAACUGGAGGACACUUCCAAAGAAUGCUGGUCUGAAAAGGUGUGGAAAGAGCUGCCGUCUAAGAUGGACUAAUUAUUUGCGACCUGAUAUCAAGAGAGGAAGAUUUUCUUUUGAAGAAGAAGAGACAAUAAUUCAGCUGCAUAGUAUACUGGGGAACAAGUGGUCCGCCAUUGCUGCUCGCUUGCCUGGAAGAACCGAUAAUGAAAUCAAGAACUACUGGAACACCCACAUUCGUAAAAGGUUUCUUCGUAUGGGAAUCGAUCCAGUGACUCACAGUCCUCGCCUUGAUCUUCUUGAUCUCUCUUCAAUUCUAAGCCCAUCUCUUUACAAUUCAUCUCAAAUGAACAUUUCAGGGUUGUUAGGUUUCCAAUCCCCAGUUAAUCCUGAACUUUUAAGACUGGCAACUUCUAUCAUCUCAUCUCAACGUGAAAGCCAAAAUCAAAAUCAAAACCAAAACCAAAAUUUCCUUCUUCAAAAUGUUCAAGAAGACCAGCUCUGCAAUUUUCAAAAUCAAUACCAACAGUUUGUUCAAACUGAUAACCACCUUCAACUUCCUGUUCAAGAUACUACUCCCCGCAGUGUUUCUUUUUCUAACGAAGAACAAUUAAUAGAGACCCAAGUUGAGCAGUUUCCAACAAAUUUUGCCAACUUCAGCAACCAAAAUUCUCAAUUUAAUCACUGGGAAAGUAAUAAUGGGAUGCCCUCAAAUUUUUCUGAAGACUAUAAGCCUUUACCUCCGGCUUACACUAAUUACAAUGGCUCAGAUCAAAGAGUCAUGGAUCCUUCAUCUGAAACUUCAAAUUUCUAUUCCAAUAACAGAAAUUUCAGCUUCACAUCAGUUUUAUCGACACCAUCUUCAAGUCCAACUCCAAUGAAUUCAAAUUCAACAUAUAUUAGUACUGAAGAUGAGAGGGAAAGCUACUGCAGCGAUAUGUUGAAGUUUGAAAUCCCAGAGAUUUUGGGUGUUAAUGAAUUCAUGUAAAUUCAAAAUGAAACUAAUCCAACUUUUUUGCCUUUUUGUCAAUUUUCUGGGUUUUGGAUUCGAUGGUGUUGAUAUGUGUCGAAGUUUUUAAUAUUUCAUUUCUUGCAUUUUUCUGAAGCUUACUGUAUCAGGAAGUAAGAUCCUGUCCUUUCUUUCUAUUCUUAAAUUAAUAAAAAGUUUCCAUUAUUGAUA